CCCCGCCUCGCUCCUCCCGGGUCUCAGCCGGGCCUCCCGGCCCGGGCAAGGCGUUCUGGCGAGUCAGCUGUUCGCCCCCAGGCACAGAGGCGGAAGCCCGUGAGCGAGGGGAGGAGCUUCGCGCUGGGUGAACGCCCGCCCUACGUGCUCGUCCGCCUCACGACCGCUGCGCGCGAGCCCCGUGUCCCCGCGGCGGGUGGCGGCUGCGGCGUCUGUGCAACGCGAGGGGGCGGAGGGAGCCCGCGGCGGCGGCCACAGCGAAAUGGCGGAGACCGUGGCGGACACCCGGAGACUCAUCACUAAGCCGCAGAACCUGAAUGACGCCUACGGGCCGCCCAGCAACUUCCUGGAGAUCGAUGUGAGCAACCCGCAGACGGUGGGGGUCGGCCGGGGCCGCUUCACCACCUACGAGAUCAGGGUCAAGACAAAUCUUCCUAUUUUCAAACUAAAGGAAUCUACUGUUAGAAGAAGAUACAGCGACUUUGAAUGGCUCCGAAGUGAAUUAGAAAGAGAGAGCAAGGUUGUAGUUCCCCCGCUCCCUGGGAAGGCAUUUUUGCGUCAACUUCCUUUUAGAGGAGAUGAUGGAAUAUUUGAUGACAAUUUUAUUGAGGAAAGGAAGCAAGGCCUGGAGCAAUUUAUAAACAAGGUCGCUGGUCAUCCUCUGGCACAGAAUGAACGUUGUCUUCACAUGUUUUUACAGGUUGAAAUAAUAGAUAAAAGCUAUACUCCAUCUAAGAUAAGACAUGCUUGAAAUUUGGCAAAGGCAAAAAUGUGGCUAUCCAUGUUUCAUAUGCACCAUUGAAGACAUUCUAACUACCCCUUAGCAUGCUGCACAGAAACUGUAUAACAUGCCUUCAGUAUAGUAACACUCACGUGCACAGUUUUGUUUGGCGGUUGACAAGUUAAUUUGCUUUAGUGAAAAUCUCUCUUUCCAGCCUUUCUCUAUAAAUAGCUCUUCCUUGCUGUUUUAAUGUGGUAUGUAUACACUAUAGCCUCACAGACCUUCGCAUAUAAGCUGCAGUGUCCUAACUAAAUUUUCUGACUUGGUCUUAUUUGCACAGUUUUUGUGUCAUGUUUGCUUCUUCAAUCAGAUUAUGUAGAAUAACCUCCCCCCAUGUAUAUUGUCACUUGAUCUAAUUUAUGUGUAGGAGCACUACACUGUUCGUUUUCAGUGCCGCACAUGAAAGAUACACACUUGUGUGCAGAACAUGUUUUCCUUCCGGCCUAUAAUUCCCUUCAUAUGGAAAAUUAAUGAUGGAAAUCUUUAUAUUCUAUAUAAAAACAAAGUCAAGUUUAUAUACUAAAAUCAUUUGUCUAAAAAUUUAAGUUGUUUUCAAAUAAAAAUGCAUUUCUGAUAUGCA